CAAACCGGGUUAUAUAGUCCAACUGACCGGUACUCCAAAACCUGAUUGUAGACUAGUUCCAGUACAUUGUAAAUAUUGAACGGUUACGUGAAAAUUACGAGUUUCCCAAAAUAGGGUCGCUUCGCUUGGUCAGUGGAGUUGGUAACAUUGAUUACACAAUGAAUGUAUUGUACGAAAGUUAAACAUUUGAAAAGGCCUCAUUUAGAUUGUUGACAUAUUCAUUCUAAAGAAUGGAUUUGGACAGGUUGGGCUGAAACCUCCAUAUGGGUAGUAGUCCUGCAUUUGAGGGAUAGUAACCUCAUGGUAAGGUACUUUAAAAAACAGCAGUUGAUUGGAUGAACAAUCAUUAUGGACAGUGAAGUUGUGAGAGAUGGACGUUUGAUGGAGAUGGUGGAUGAGAAAUGGCGCGAGGAUAAAUUACCUAUGGAAGAUAUUGCAGUGCCACAGAUGGAGUUGCCAGAAUUGGAACCCGACAAUGGCCCUACCAAUGAAACUCUUCGAGAGCAGGAACAAAAAUGGACAGAUUUAGCACUUUCACGACUCCAUGAACAGCCACCACUUACAAACUGUAACAGCUGAAAAUCUUGUCACUGAUUACUGUGUGUAAAGCAAGUAGACUCAAAAUGUCCAUCACUUACGACUGAGGACAGAAAUGUAAAUUUCAAUAUAGUCAGUCAGAAUUGAAAGAUAAUAAUGAGGAAAUUGCAUCCAAGAUGACCCCAGCAUGCGUCAGUUUGAUGAAGGCAGGAUUUAACACAGAAUUUCAUCUAAGAGACAUUUUAAUAUACAGCAAGUUACAAAAUCAAACGGUUUAAAUAGAAUUCUCAGCAUAUUGAUU